AGCUGAACUCCUCACCGUACGUCUCGACUGCGAGGACCUGAAGACUGACUGUGGUGAACAGGAACAACCAAACCAUAAACAUUCAUAAUGAUGACUGAAAUUUACCGAGUGUCGGAGAAACACGCUGACAACUUGUGUACCAUAGAAGAGUCACCACAUGUCAGUGGAGCAGAUGGAGACACAGCUCCAGUGCCUCAAGUUAGAGCAGAAAAGAAAGUUAACCUGCAGAUGGUGCUGUUGAUCUUCUCUCUUCUCCUAGUGGCCGCCCCCAUAUUCUUUUCUAUUUACUAUUUCAUAAAAUUAAAUCACAAGGAGCAAGAACUGGAAGAGUUAAGAAUUGCAAAUUACAACUUGACCAGUAACAACAGUGCCCUGCAGUCUCAGUACACAACUCUGAAUAAGAAACAUGAAGAACUGGCCAAAGAGUUCAGUAAACUGCAGGAAUACUACUGUGAUGGUACAAACACAUCUCACGAAAACACUUGCAUUUUAUGUAAACUGGACUGGAUCCCCUUCGGUUCCAAGUGUUACUUCAUCUCCACUAAGACACUGAUCUGGAGUGACAGCCAUGAUUGGUGCCUGACAAAGGGUGGACAACUAGUGAAUAUAGAAAGCUUAAAGGAGUGGGAAUUUUUAAAUACUCAAUCUGAAAUCAUUGGAGGUGAUCUGAAAUUUUUUUGGAUUGGCCACAAUUAUAUCAUUAAAGAAGACAACAUUACCAGGAUGGAUGGCGAGCCUUUAAAAUCCAAGAGGGACAUGUGGCAGGCCAGCUUCUCCUAUGAAGAUGUUGCUCUUUUUUGA